UUAAAUCACAGACUUCACUGCUCAUCUGAGGACUGCUUCUUGACGUCCAGCUUUGCGUUUUUGUUUUGUUUUUUUGUUGCCGCUUUAUGUCGCUGCACAUUUUUGACGUGCAGCCACAGGUUGACCGAUUUAAUCCAGUCACUAUGGAUUAUUCCUCUUCAUCUCGUGUCGAUUGUCACUGACGGGAUCGAAAUGGGCACCGUCGAGAGAUGCCUUGUGGUUGAGAAAGAAAGAAACUGAUCAUACCAAGUGGAGCGGAGACGGAGGCAACAUCUGUGGGCAGCGACGCACAAUUUUGAGAGACAAGCGAGGGACCUGUGGAGGCACCUAUAUGAAAGAAGGCGAAGCGAAAAGAUGAUGGGAUGGCCGUGACAACAUGAAAAAGAAAAAGUGUGGUGGUCUAUUUUCAUCCAGCCAGUGAUUCAACACAACUAACCUGGGGGACAGGGACCGAGAGAGAAGAGGUAGAAGAAAGGUGCGUGGCCACAGCAGAGACCAUGGAGCCUCCCCCCUCUCUGAGCUUGGCUCUGCUAGGAGGGAGCGAGGAUGAGGACCAGCGCUUCCUCCUUCCCCUGAGCAGUAUAUCCCAUCCCUCCGCCACUGGCAACCAGCCGGGAUCAAACCACUCCAACCACAUGGGAGGAUCAAGCCUCGACCGUCUAAAUGGCAGCACCCCGUCCCUGUCCCCUGCCACGCCCAACUUGCUUCCGUCAUCGCUCCCCAAGUUGCCCUUGUCAUCCUCUGGAGCCCAGCCUCUGCCCCCACCCAUCCCCAACGCCCUGCACCCCUCCAGCACCCCGCUCUCCUCCUGCCUGGGCUCGCAGCACAGCCUGAGCGGGGACAAUUCCCCGGUCUACAACGCCCUCUAUUACUCCUCUCACUCACCCUCCAUGGAGCGGGAGAGGGACAGAGAGCGUGACAGGGGGUGCAAACACAGACAGGCCAGCCCUCUGGUUCACCGUAGGGACAGUAACCCCUUCACGGAGAUCGCCAUGAGCUCCUGUAAGUACACAGGCGGGGUCAUGAAGCCCCUGAGCCGCCUCAGCGCCUCCCGCAGAAACCUCUCGAAUCAGACAGCAGCAGCGAAACCAAAGAGGGUGCUGUUUCAGCUGUUGCCGGGGCAACGGCAGCUGGGGGGCAUGACCGACAGCGAGACCCCUCCUACCUCUUUGGUGGUCCAGUCCUCUACAAAUCAACCCCCAAUUCACAGCCCCCCAGAGAUUGUGAUUUCUUCCAAAGAAGACUCGCCGUACCUCAGAGCAGGGUAUGACAUCACUGACUCCACUUCCAACCAGAUGUCCAUCUACCACCAGAACCACGCGCUGGUGGAGAGCAGGCGGGUGCAGCCGGGGCGGGGCAGCAGACAGGGAGCUGUCGGGGCGGUGGGUACCGGGGCCAGGGGCAGCACUUCCAAGGCCUCCAAACGGAAGAACCAAAACAUUGGCUAUAAACUGGGGUAUCGCAGGGCGCUGUUCGAGAAGAGAAAGAGGCUGAGUGACUAUGCCCUCAUCUUCGGGAUGUUUGGCAUCGUCGUCAUGGUGAUUGAGACAGAGCUGUCCUGGGGCGUGUACACCAAGAGCUCCAUGUAUUCUCUGGCCCUGAAGUGUCUGAUCAGCCUGUCCACAGUCAUACUGUUGGGCCUCAUCAUAGCCUACCAUGCUCGGGAAGUUCAGCUGUUUGUCAUCGACAACGGAGCUGACGACUGGCGCAUCGCCAUGACCAUGGAGAGGGUUCUGCUGAUCUCCCUGGAGCUGCUGGUGUCUGCGGUGCAUCCAGUGCCAGGGGACUUUAAGUUUCAGUGGCGGGCGCGGCUGGCCUUCUCGUACGCGCCGUCGCAGGCCGAGGCUGACCUGGACAUGGUGCUGAGCGUGCCCAUGUUCCUUCGUCUCUACCUCAUCGCCAGAGUCAUGCUUCUGCACAGCAAACUCUUCACCGACGCCUCCUCCAGGAGUAUAGGUGCCCUAAAUAAGGUGCAUUUUAAUACACGGUUUGUAAUGAAAACCCUCAUGACUAUCUGCCCCGGGACGGUGCUGCUGGUCUUCAGCAUCUCUCUAUGGAUCAUCGCUGCCUGGACCGUGCGAGUGUGCGAGAGGUAUCAUGAUGCCCAGGAUGUGACCAGUAACUUCUUGGGAGCCAUGUGGCUUAUCUCCAUCACUUUCUUGUCCAUCGGCUACGGAGACAUGGUUCCUCACACCUACUGUGGCAAAGGAGUCUGUCUGCUCACAGGAAUCAUGGGUGCGGGCUGUACAGCUCUGGUGGUUGCCGUGGUAGCCAGGAAGCUGGAGCUGACCAAGGCCGAGAAGCACGUACAUAACUUCAUGAUGGACACGCAACUCACCAAGAGGAUAAAGAAUGCUGCGGCUAACGUAUUGAGGGAAACCUGGCUCAUCUACAAACACACCAAGCUGAUGAAGAAGAUCGACCACUCCAGAGUCCGCAAACACCAGCGGAAGUUCCUCCAAGCUAUACAUCAAUUACGCAGUGUGAAAAUGGAGCAGAGGAAACUCAGUGAUCAGGCCAACACACUAGUGGACCUCUCGAAGAUGCAGAGCGUCAUGUAUGAGCUCAUGUCGGAGCUCAACGACCGCAGUGAGGACUUGGAGCGCCAGAUGCUGUCCCUGGAGCAGCGGGUGGAGCAGCUCACCGCCGGCUUCAACACCCUGCCUGCCCACCUCUCUGCCACUCUCAGUGCCCAGCACGCCGCCUUGGUCCACUUGCUACGAGAGAGGGAUGCGAGGGACUGGAGAGGUUGUGGUGGAGGAGGUGCUGUGGUCCCACUGUCCCCAGCUGCGUGUUUAACCGCUGCUCCAGUCUCAGUUUCUCCAGUACAGGUCGCAGCUCCAGGACCGCUCCCUUCCCAGGUCCCUACAUUGGCCUUGGAGUCCCCUCUGCCCCAACCUCUGAGCCCAGAGGGGAGCCUGGAGGCCAGUCCCAACACCAACACCUGAACUUCUAGCUGCUGAAGACAGCUCUGAGGACCAGGAGAGGACUAAUCUGGAAAGAAAACAGGGAGAG